CAACGAAGUCUAUGAUAGCAUACGAGCCACACACAACAUUGGGAACCAAUCUUGUUCAAGUUGAGUACCCAAAAUAGACAGAACUAUCGAUUUGUUACCUCUCCGUCCUUUUCUUUAUCCAUAUUGCAAUAAAAUGGUAUACGUCCAUGUCACACACCGGCGGUGCUUGUCGCCGACGGGAGGAUGUCGUGUUGGGCCGGCGAUAGCGUGGCAGCGAGAGUGGCAGUGAACGUGGAGUUGUCGACGCGGUGUAAUUUGAUUACCGGUGGAUACUGACAAAAUCCUGUCCCGGACUGGAGUGUUUUCUGUUCAUUUCAACGGAGAGUGGCGGCCAUGCGUUACCUGACUCCCCGGCACAGACAACGGCUCUUGCUGGUUGUUGGUGCCGCGUUCAUCGUCAGUGUGUUUGUGUUGAUGACCCUAGAUCCGGAUACUACCACAGAUAUACCGGGGCCUAGAGAGCUGCACGGACACGGCAUCGAUGUCCCCAACCACCAGCCGCAGUCGCGAGCGUCGGUCAUCAGUCUGCCCGUCCUCAACAAGAAGCAGCUGGGGAACUACGAGUCCCGGAUUCCGCCACCGGAGCGAGAUGGGCCCGGUGAGUUCGGCCGUGCUGUGAAGGUGGAACUAGGGGAGGGCUCCAAGUACCGCAAGAGCAUUAGGGAGUUCGGCUUCAACGUGGAACUAAGCGACGAGAUCUCGCUGGACCGGGUUGUGCCUGACAUCAGAGACCCAGAAUGCAAGUACUGGCACUACCCGGAGAAGCUGCCAAAUGCUAGCGUGGUGAUCGCCUUCUCCAACGAGGGAUUCUCCACCCUCAUGCGGACGGUUCACAGCGUCAUCAACACAUCACCGCCGAACCUUCUUGCCGAAGUAGUCAUGGUGGACGAUAUGAGUGACAAAGAGCAUCUGGGUAAGAAGCUUGAGGACUACAUCAAGAGAGAUCGCUUCCAGGGAAAAGUGCGGCUCGUCCGUAAUACUAAGCGAGAGGGCCUGGCUAGAUCGAGAACAAACGGAGCCAUGGCCGCCAGGGGGCAAGUCGUCGUGUUCCUGGACGCUCAUUGCGAAUGUAGCGUCAACUGGUUGCCGCCCCUGCUGGCUGAAAUCGCGUAUAGCAGGACUACCGUAGUUUGUCCAACCGUUGACGUCAUCAAAGCGGAGGAUUUGUCAUAUUCUCCCCAGGGUGAACUGGCACGAGGCGCGUUUGACUGGGCCUUCUGGUACAAGAGAAUUCCCGUCGACUACAGCGACACCAUGAAGCGGAUCGGAAUGAAGUACGGCAGCCAGGCUUACGACGCCCCUGCCAUGGCCGGCGGUCUGUUCGCGAUGGACCGGUCUUACUUCAUCGAGCUGGGGACCUACGACCCUGGACUAUUUAUAUGGGGUGGAGAAAACUUCGAGAUAUCGUUCAAAAUCUGGAUGUGCGGCGGUCAGCUGAAGUUCGUCCCGUGCUCCAGGGUAGGCCAUAUUUACCGGCGUGGAGUCCCGUACAAGUACCCUGUUGUCGAUGGGGAAGUCAGCAUAGUGGACCGGAAUUUCAUGCGCGUGGCUGAGGUUUGGUUGGACGAGUACAAAGAGCACUUCUACACUUUUAAGCCGAGGCUACGGGGGAAGUCCUGUGGGGACAUCAGCGAGCAGGUGGCGUUUAGGCGGAAGCACUGCCCAAAGUCGUUCAAGUGGUUCAUGGAGAAUGUGGCCUUCGAUUCCCUGGAGCUGUUCCCGACGCCACCUCCAAAUCGCGCCUGGGGUGAGUUCCACUUGAAGGGAACCAGUCUAUGCCUGGACACCAUGGGCAGACAGACGACCACCCAACUACUGGGAGCCAGCAACUGCCAUGGUUACGGCGGGAACCAGGAGUUCCGUCUGGGUACCAACGGCCAGAUCCAGUUUGACGAGUACUGCGUCGUACCGUCUUGGGACCAGACCAAGGUCAGCAUGGUGCGGUGCCGAGAGAGCCACCGAAAAGUUCCCGAUCGAGACCACUGGAGCUUCAGCGAGGAGGCUGGUCAAAUUCGCCUCAAAAGGAGCAACUUAUGCAUGGAAGUUGUAGAUAAGAAAGAGGUCCGUUUACGAGACUGCAACUCUGACAGUGCCGAACAAAAAUUUGAAGUCAGGCAGGUUCGAUGACCGAUCUCUGGGACGUAGGCCUGUAAUAAUUUGUGUUCGAAUAGACCUAGUUUACACAACGAGGACCUCAGAGAAGAAGAGUAGAAGAGAACGCCGUCGGAUGGAACAAGAGAAAUAAACUCGGGGAAAUCAGCGAUGUGCCUCUUCUAAGGGAAAGCUUCAGGUUAAAAACCAGAAAAGACAGAAUCAAAAUUUAGGUAAUUUUGCUCUCGCGUUUUAAGAUUUGUUACUAGUAACAACAAAACUUUUUUGAAAUUUUAUUAAAUUCCUACAUACUUGUACUCGAAAAAUAAUGACGUCUUAUUGUGUGAGCCCGUCCUGGACCACGAGAGGAUGCAAUUUUCCUAGCAACGCAGGCUCCCUUGGCGGGAACUGCACUUCGCUGGUUCACAAACAACUAUGAAUGCACAUGUUACUAUCGCAUCGCUACCAACAAAAUGGCUACUCUCCAUUAAUCUGGCUGUUUUCAACGGAUGAGGGAUGCUUCUGGUGAAGGCGGAAACCUUCCUGUAUUACAUUCAAUUUAGGGAGAAGUUUGCAAUUUGUAAGCGACAAAAUUGUAGGCUAACCUACGUGUGACAUCAGUAUUCCACAAGAGUGCCUUAAAAAUUCAUACAAACUUAUUGAAAUGCACUCUGUUUACCAAUUAUGAUGACGUUACACUGAUAUCACACUAGUCUUGGCCCAAGACGCCAGUGAUCGAUAGUUGUCGCCCUCGCACAAUUAGUUUUACUUACUCUCACUCUGGCACACAGUCUAAUUAUGAGUCGUUAAGGGGCGCACUAUGCACGGUGUCCGCUAUCAAGCUCUAACGUCUUGAGACUAAUAUCACAUGCGCCGCAUUCUGGAAUACACCAUGGGAGUACAUCGGUAGAUGAUUGUCAAGUCAAACACAUGCGAUUUGACUUUAACUAGACGGAGUAUUACUUGAAGUCUAGAAAAAGGUUCAACGUUUUAUAUUUUUUACAAGCGCAUUAUUAGCCGUUUCCGGUCGUGCCCCUAGAAUGCAGCACUGUGUGACGUCUCUAAGCCCUGGAUUUAGUUAGGUACAGUUUUGAAAACUGAACAAAAAUCUUGCUUAUCUUAGUUGUCACAGUUUGUAUUUAUACAGAAUUUCUACUUAACAUUUUUAGUAAGAGAGAGUUAUGAUGAUAUCUAAUCUUUGAAUAUUUUUUCUUUAGGUUUUGAUCUUUAUGUUGAACACUGUAAUAAAGCAAGGGGGACAUUGGCAAGAGAUAAAAUAUUAGACACAAGGCAAUUUUCUUUUCACUCAAAACGUCCGUGGCCCGACUGGUUGAUGUACGUAAUACAGAUAGACUGCGGGGAAUUAAUGUUUAGAUUUCUUGCCCUGCCCGACGUGUAUUUGAACACUGUAUGCUCAGUGUAUGCCGUCGAAAGGCUUGUGAAUAAAAGCCUUCGGGGGCCUACACUGAGUAUAGAGUGUUCAAAUACACGUCGGAAGGGGAAAAUUAAUUUACAUCUCCCUGGCGCAAAUCCAUUUAGUAUCGUACGUAAUAAAAGUUACCCUGAAAUUUUGUGUGUGUGUGACGCCGCUUAAACUUGAGGUGCACAGCGCACGACGAGGGUGGAUUGAUGUAAAGGUCCAGAAACCUCAGGCUCUUGGACCUGAAAUUUUUUUUUGGGGGGGUGGUUACCUUGACGUAUGAAAUGUGUCCGCUUUUCCCCUUAUUUCACAUCGAUGACUUCUGUGAAUACAUCGCUGAUUGACUCGAUUGAUAAGUGUCGCUGAUAUUGAUUCUGCUGGAAUCGAUCCGGCAGGGUUGGGGCAGGUUUACCAGGAGUCGACCUACAGAUCAGCGUGGGGUUUCAUGCAACGCUUCGUUGAACUCUUCCUCCUUUGUUUGCUUUGUGGGUUUCCUGUGUCUGUAGACUCUCGACACGAACUUAACUGAUCGAUUUCUUUUCAAACUGCUUCAUUCAGUCCUGACAGAUUGUGGGCCUUCCGCGAUACGCCUGCCAAUCCUUGCUCAUUUUCAUCCACGGCAACUGUGUCUAAAUGCGUUACAUAUAGAGUUAGAUUUACACGUUGUGUAACUAUUCAAAAUUAUAGCAGUUCUGUAACCGUUUUUUUUUAAUUUGCCGGUAAACGAACACGAUUCCUCUCGCUCAGCGUAUUGAGUUUAAUAUUUGACAUUUUGUUUACAAAAUCUUACAUGAUUUACAGAUUUGUUGAUGGUUUCACAACUUAGUCACACGUUUGUCAGUCUAAACACGCCUAAAAAUAUAUGAUCUGAAUGAUUAUGGAAGCCGUGCCUUUUUUGUAUCAGCACCACAUUGCCUGUGGAAUAAGCUGCCACAUUAUAUUCGUAAUUCAGUGUCACUUUCCACUUCUAUGGCAGCCUUGAAAACACAUUUUUAUCGACAGGCUUUUACUUGAUUGUUCUAUAAUCCUGUGUGUUAAGUGUGACUUAUGUUUUACCAUUCUUGAUUCGUUGUACUCUCAUGUGCCUUGAGGUAGUUUUUCCUCCUUAUGGAUCACUGAUACAUUUUAUAUUCUUAAUUUGUUAAUUAUGUGGUAUUUUAUGGAAUCCUAUUUCCUGUUGUUUUAAUCUGUAAAGCGCAUUGUGAUUUUGUGCCUUUGUAUUUAUUAAUGUAAUGCCUUAUAUAAGAAAUAAAUUAUUAUUAUUAUCAAAACACGUCGCUGAAUAAAUCUUAUG